AUGUCCGCUCUACUGUGCAUCCGACUAAAGCGCCCAGAUACCUCUGUUCCCUGGGGAUUUCGUCUUGAAGGUGGUCUGGAUCUUGGUCGUCCCCUGAAUAUUCAGAAGGUAACUCCUGGGGGUAUAGCUGAGUCCUGUGGCCUUCGAAUUGGUGAUAUUAUCAUUAGAAUCAACUCAACAGAUACUAAACUUAUGAAGCAUGAAGAUGCUAAAAUGGAGAUCGUUCGAUCGAGUAAUGAUUUUGAGAUGAUAGUCGAAAGAAGUACUUCAGAAAGUGCUGUCCAACCCACCGUUGAGCCUAUUCAUCAAACACAAGUGAGUGGAGUAAAUAAUCAGUCAGUGACAUCAAACAUUAAUGGUGCUGCAGAUCAUUCAAGUCCAGUUCCUAGAGGAGGUGACGUUUUUGUCGCUGAAGGUGCAGGAGGAAGAACCCAGCGUCUUACUCACUCUUCAUACAAUUCUCCAAUGGGAUUAUAUUCAAAAAGCAAUGUGGAUUCAUCUUUCAAAUCUACUGUAGCUUCAGCUGGAGCUGACCUCUCAAACCUGAAGCCUGCUCCACAAUUCUUUGGUGGUAGUAUGAGAUGCGGUGCCUGCCAUGAGUUAAUAAUAGGAGGACAAUUUGUCAGAGUUCAAAGUCGAAUCCCAAUGCACCCAUCCUGCUUGAAAUGCUGUAAAUGUGGAAUCGGGUUAAGAAACGUUGGAUAUUUCUACAUUAACGAUCAACUCUAUUGUGAAACACAUGCGAAACAGGCUGCCAGACCACCGGACUCAAAUUUGAAACCUGUGGUGAUGUAUAAGUGA